UUCCUCGUCGAUUAACAGCAGGAAAUAGAGUGAUACUAUCGCAAAAGUUACUGAGUAUGAGACACGUUCAAACUAUAACAAAUAGGAGGACAAAUUAGUCCAUUACUGAGCAAAGAUAGGCGCGCCCAGCACAUUUGGGGGCCCGUCCGGAUAUCUGGAAUUAGAACGUCGAAGUACGGCGGCUACCCACCCAUGGUAGGAUAAUAGAGGAUUAGUAAUAGGUAGGCAACUGAUUGAACAUCGGUGCAUCCCAGAUUACUGCCAGCCUUACUAUCUGAUAGUCAUUUGGUGCUGCGAUUUGUGGAGUGUCAAAUAAAAAACGGAACUUCAGCAGCAAUGGAAAAUUGUUUUACUUGGGAUGGAACAAAACCCUGUGGAAACCCUUUCCGUUUUAAUCCGCCGCCUAGCCGUAGACCUUUGAUGAGUGAAACUUGCCGCACACUGUUUUGCAUCCUAUCCAGCUGCUCCACCCGUUCAGAGUUGCAACAUUCCCAACAUAUACAAGGAAACGGUACUACUACUACUACUAAGGAAUUGGUUGAUCAACAUUUGGAGGCUGAAAUUAAGUUAGUUGGUGCUACUGAUAAUGAGAAGAACAACGGUCAUGCCAUUUGGCAGGACCUAGGUGAUAUCAUCGAUGCACAAAUGAUGGAUUGUAUAGAUUCAUUGGAUCAAAUUGAAGAUUCAACAGAAUGUGACGCGCAAGCCCCUCAAGAGAAUGGUGCUAACAAUGGGGUAGUGAGUUCAGUCUCUCUGGUGGACACCAAGCAAGACAGUACUCUUGAUUUUCAGUUGGAUGGUGAGGAAGCAGAGAAAUCAAACAUCCGAGACUUGGCAGCAGGGGAAUCUGAUUUUGAAAAACCGCAAAAAAUGGAUACAGAAAUCUCUAUUGGAGAAGCUUGUGCGACUAGAGGAUCAUGUUUACAUAUAGAGACUGAAUCGUCACAGCUUGUUCAGAGUGAUCAAGAGAAAAACGAUAUUGAGGAGAAUGAUGUGUUGGGAGAUACGGAACAUGGAUUGCAACUUAAAGAGUUGGAACUGCAAAACUUGAUUUCUCCUUCCGGGCCCUCAAACUUAUCAGUUAGUGAAGAGGUUGAAGAAGGACAAAUUUCUGGAGAUGAUGAGGUAAAUUAUCAAGAGAAUGGUGCUAACAAUGGGGUAGUGAGUUCAGACUCUCUGGUGGACACCAAGCAAGACAGUACUCUUGAUUUUCAGUUGGAUGGUGAGGAAGCAGAGAAAUCAAACAUCCGAGACUUGCCAGCAGGGGAAUCUGAUUUUGAAAAACCGCAAAAAAUGGAUACAGAAAUCUCUAUUGGAGAAGCUUGUGCGACUAGAGGAUCAUGUUUACAUAUAGAGUCUGAAUCGUCACAACUUGUUCAGAGUGAUCAAGAGAAAAACGAUAUUGAGGAGAAUGAUGUGUUGGGAGAUACGGAACAUGGAUUGCAACUUAAAGAGUUGGAACUGCAAAACUUUAUUUCUCCUUCCGGACCCUCAAACUUAUCAGUUAGUGAAGAGGUUGAAGAAGGACAAAUUUCUGGAGAUGAUGAGGUAAAUUAUUAUGAACCUGACGAUUGCAUGAUUUUUGAAGAGGCAGUUUCACUCGAACAGGAGAUUGCUCGUGUGUGUACCACAGCUAUAAAAGAACCAACUCAUGAUGUUCGGGAUACUAAACCUCAGGAAAAGGAUGUUCUAACUUCAGUUUGUAAUGAAUCUAAGAAGUGUAUUCGAGAAUUUUCAAAAAAGGUGGAGGAGAAUGACUUUGAAACUGUUGAAUGCAAGAAUGGCGCUGAGACUGAGAAAGUUUAUUUUUCAUUUGAUAAUGUUAUGGAGAGGGACAUAGUUACUAAUCAAAUAGAAGGUGCUAAGAAGGUAGAUGGAUCUACCUUCUUAGCACAAGGUUUUGUUACUAAGACAAAGGAUACAAAUAAAAUGACAAAGAAAAACGUCAGAGGGCCUAUUACUGAGGAGAGGAAGGCAAAGCGAAAGGUCAAAAAGAAGAUUAAGCAAGCUGAAAAGAACAGAAAGUUAGGAGUAAAAAGAUUAAAGCUGCCGCCACAAAUUAUGAAGCCAAAAAAAGUGUCAUAUUGCCACCAUUAUCUGAAAGGAAGGUGCCACGAGGGGGAGAAGUGCAAUUUCUCUCACGAUACAAUUCCAUUGACCAAAUCAACGCCUUGUUGCCAUUUUGCACGCAAUUCUUGCAUGAAAGGGGACAAUUGCCCUUAUGAUCAUCAGCUCUCCAAAUAUCCCUGCAAUAAUUUUGCUUCCAUGGGUUUUUGCAGCAGAGGAGCCAAGUGUUUGUUCUCACACGACGUGCCAGCUAAGACAGAAUCCUCAAAGACUCCUGCCUCCGCGGCUCAUUUGGGCUCACCUUUACUUCCAUGUAGUUUAAGCCCAAAGAUGCAAGUCAGUGCUAAUGGCAGUAGCCCUCAGCUACAUCUGGGUGAGCCCAUGCAAAAGCUUGCUUUUCAGACACCAAACGGUGUGAGCUUUAUUACUCGUGGGAAGUCAUCAUUGGUGAAGGAGAGUGGUUCUGGAAAAUUUACUCAAGAGGAGAUUCUCUCCAACUCAGUCAUUGCCCAAAAGCCAAAUGAUGUUAUGAAGGAGAGAUCACCUGCAGGUAUACCAAAUGGUGUGAACUUCCUUUGCUUUGGAGGAGCUACUUUGAAUGAUUCCACUCCUAAUACAAACUCAAACAUGCUUAACAGAGAUGGUGAAAGUAAGAGUGGUGGUAUAUGUAGAAUUGAGACGAGAACUGAAGCCCCCCUCAAACCUACGCCUCGAGGAAUUAGCUUGCUCUCAUUUGGAAAAGCAUCAUCAGAUGGCUCCACUUCAAAAGACCAAUCUAUCCUUUGUAGUAAAGAGCCCAAUAUUGCCACCCCCGUGGCUCCUCAUGAGAGACAAAAUUUGCUUAGGAGACUUGAUGACUCCAGGAACAUGCAGUUUAAGUUGUUAUCUUCUCCACCUCUAUCCAAUCAGCUCUAUGGUCAAUCCACAGCGGGGAAUAGUUUUGGACUGCCCAACUCAACAUUCUUGGCAAGCAUGCUAGGCUCAGCACAAAAGGCCAUCCAAUCAACUUUAGCAUUCUCAGCUAAGAUCGAGCCUGGGAUCAAGUUAGAUCAAUCAAUUGGUGCAUCUGUUGUAACUCCCCAAGUUAUAGAGCACCAAUGAGGUCUCAAAAAGGGUACUAUUCAGAUGCUAUCAACAAUUUCUGGAGUUGUUUAAUGAUGAGGAAAGCAAAGUGUUGCUUGCCUUUCCCUAUGGAAUUGUCCUUGCGUUUGUUAGUAAUGUUCAAUUUAAGAUGCAAUAUUGCACCCGGAGAAGAGUGGGAAGAUAAACAUAAGGUUAUCAUGAACUCAGUGUUGUGGUUCUUGUAUCACUAAAAUCAGGAAAGAGAAGAAAAUGCCUCAACAAUGGUUUACCAGUCAUUCAACAUUUAUUGAAUUUGUCACUGGAGGUGUGCCGUGAUUUGAUGGAGGGCAUCGGCUUCGUUGGAGGGUGGCAGCGGCUUCAUGUGAGCAUGGCGAAGGCGACAACGGAGUUGAUGAGGCCAGCCUAGUCCAUAUGAUGAAGACCUGUCCCUACGCGCAUUCAGCGCAUGGCCGACAUCAUCGAAUUAGCCUUUACAAAGCCUAGAAGAGUUGAUUUGGUUUCAUCAAGGACUAAUUUGUCAUGUUCGUACACUUUAGUCGUAUAAAACAUACAAGUCCUCUUUGGCUCUUUGUGUACUUUUACCUUGUUUUAAUUUUAGAGAAUUCUCUUUGUAUACUUUUGUAUUUAACAUUUUUUAUUUUUCUAAACGCGCCAGAAAAAAAUAAAUUAUGUACAGAAAGUAUGUUAGGAGUAGUUUGAUAAACAUGAUUAUAAAAUGGAGUGCUUUGUGAAAAACAUAUUAAAGAGUUGAUAAUUGUUC